UUGCGAACUUAACAAAAAGUACACUAUGCCAUCUCACUUUCUCCACAGUAGGGAUUGGGCAAUGAAAUCAUAAGAUCAUGACGGAAAGCAAUUCAGAACCAGAAAAGGUAAGCAAAAAGCAAGAAUGGGCAACCUCAUCAUCCAAAAUAUUUUACCAUUUCGCCACCAGCGGCGCCUCCGUCGCUGUCGCCACCGGCUUCACUCAUCCUUUAGAUGUCCUGAAAGUUCGGCUGCAAAUGCAACUUGUGGGGCAGAGAGGUCCUUUAAUUGGAAUGGGAGGUUUGUUUGUUCAAGUAUUGAAAAAUGAGGGACCAAAGGCAUUGUACUCAGGAUUGACUCCUUCAUUGAUAAGGUCAUUAAUUUACGGAGGCCUUCGUUUAGGGCUAUAUGAACCGUCGAAAUAUGCUUGUGAUUUGGCUUUUGGAUCCACUAAUUUAUUGGUUAAGAUUGCAUCUGGAGCAAUUUCUGGUGCAUUUGCUACUGCUGUCACUAACCCUGUUGAAGUUCUCAAGGUUAGACUGCAGAUGAACAUAAAUAGGAAGCAAGUUGGACCAGUUGCGGAACUGCGUAAAAUUAUCUCUGAGGAGGGAGUAUGGGCUCUAUGGAAGGGAGUUGGCCCUGCUACUGUUAGAGCUGCUGCUUUAACUGCGUCACAAUUGGCAACUUAUGAUGAAACCAAGCGGGUUCUAAUUAGGUGGACUCCUAUGGAAGAAGGAUUUUAUCUGCAUCUAGUAUCAAGUACAAUAGCGGGCACAGUUAGUACGCUUAUAACUGCACCAGUGGAUAUGAUUAAAACCCGUCUCAUGCUUCAACGAGAAUCUAAAAAAGCUGGAGGCUAUAAGAAUGGGUUUCAUUGUGCAUAUCAGGCAUCAAAUCCCCUCUCUCUAUUUAUGUGUUAUGAUUACAGAAAGCCCUAGGGCACUUUAUAAGGGGGGUUUUGCAAUUUUUGCGAGAUUGGGUCCUCAAACUACGAUCACAUUUAUACUGUGCGAGAAGCUAAGGAAGCUUGCUGGAUUGAAUGCCAUCUAAUGGUGGAGCUAAUGCAUUCAUGAUCCCACAAUUUUUUUUUGAGGAAGAUCACACAAUAUUUCACUGUAUGUUGUUUUGAAGUUUCAAAGUGCUGUCCUCACUCCCAACUAUUCCGGAAUGGGGGAACAUUUUAGUUAGUUCUUACAGCACAUAAGAAGUCAUACGGCUGUUUGAUGUAGCAGAGAUUACAAUAAAACGAUAAAAUACCGACGGACUGUUGAGCCAUGCUAUCCCCAUCACUAUUCUAAUAAGAUAAGGUCCACUUAUCUGAUGGAGUUGUGGUAUGAUUCAUCAUACGCAAUGUUGCAUUCUUUUUCUCACUGUAUUUGUAUUUUGUAAUGGUAAUUCGUCUAUUUAUUCGUUUUUUCUUCAAA